CCAUGACAAUGGAGGCAUCUAUCAGUGGCUCUUUUGAUAAAGAAUGAAGAUUAAUUUUAAUGAAAACCCAAAAAAGGAGAAAGAUAAGACCCAUUAAUUAGUGGGAUUCUCAUUCUUAUCCCACCAAUAACACUCGCACGUAGCGCUCUCAUAUUCUCCCCUAUUGGCCUUCCCAGAAUUUCUUUUUUCUUUUUUCUUUUUUCUUUGCCUUUUCCUUUUCCUUCUCUUCUCAAAUGCUUUGUGGGUCCCUUGCACUAAUGCACGAUCUAUUUCGCAUUCUUAUUAUCACAAUAUUCAACUUCCUCUUCUUCUUCUCCUUUCUGAUUCGUGGUGGGUUACAUUUGCAAUGGCCAUGGCUAAAACUGAAGCAGAAUGUCAAAAUGGUGGCAAGAGGUUUGCGGGUGAACGUCUCUUCGAGACAAAAAAGAGUUAUAUGAUCGGAGCCUUUUCAAUUUGGCAACCUCUAAAGCUAGUGGCAUACUGUCUUGUACUCCUUAGUUUUCUAAGCAUUGGUUAUCCCUCCAAUGGGCCUGACCUUGAAGGUGAAGCUUUGGUUGAGCUUCUAAAAGCACUCAAUGACUCCAGUGGCCGAAUAAAAGAUUGGAAUUAUUAUUUGGUGAGCCCUUGCUUUAGUUGGUCUCAUAUCACUUGCAGAAAUGGAAGUGUCACAUCCCUGAGCUUGGCAUCAAAUGGAUUUUCAGGAACUCUUUCACCUGCAAUUACCAAACUGAAGUUCUUGGUUAGCUUGGAACUACAGAGCAAUAAUCUGUCGGGUCCACUACCUGAUUAUCUCAGCAAUAUGGUACACCUAGAAAAUCUGAAUCUUGCAAAUAAUAAAUUCAAUGGUUCUAUACCUGUUACUUGGGGCCAGCUGUCCAACUUAAAGCAUUUGGAUCUUUCAGCUAAUGACUUGAUUGGACGAGUACCACUUCAAUUCUUUUCAGUUCCAGAGUUCAAUUUCACCAUGACAGGUCUUAGUUGUGGUUCUAGCCCAGAGCAACCUUGUGUUUCAAGCUCUCCCUUUCCAGUUUCUACCAGCAAGUCAAGACUUAGGAUGAUUGUAAUUGCUGCAAGCUGUGGUGCUUUCAUACUUAUGCUACUUGGCAUUGCAUACCGUUACCAUCAACUGCACAGACUACAAAAUGAUGUCUUUGUGGAUGUUGCUAGUGAAGAUGAUUGCAAAAUUUCCUUUGGGCAGCUUAAAAGAUUUUCAUGGCCUGAGAUCCAGAUUGCAACAGACAAUUUUAGCGAACACAACAUAAUUGGACAGGGAGGCUUUGGAAAAGUUUACAAAGGAGUACUUUCAGACAACACAAAGGUUGCUAUAAAACGCCUUUCAGAUUAUCACAGCCCUGGAGGAGAAGCUGCUUUCCAAAGAGAAGUUCAGCUUAUUAGUGUUGCAGUUCAUAGGAAUCUUCUACGACUGAUUGGUUUUUGUAUGACCUCCUCUGAGAGAAUCCUUGUUUAUCCAUUUAUGAAAAAUCUGAGUGUCGCAUACCACCUGAGAGAUUUGAAACCUGGAGAAAAGGGUUUGGACUGGCCAACGAGGAAGCAAGUGGCCUUUGGUGUAGCUCAUGGACUGGAGUAUCUACAUGUGCAUUGUAAUCCUAAGAUUAUACAUCGUGACUUAAAGGCUGCUAACAUCCUAUUAGAUGACAAUUUUGAAGCUGUUCUUGGAGAUUUUGGGUUAGCAAAGCUGGUUGAUACAAAAUUCACUCAUGUUACGACCCAGAUACGUGGUACCAUGGGUCACAUUGCCCCCGAAUAUUUGUCCACUGGAAAGUCUUCAGAAAAGACAGAUGUGUUUGGAUAUGGCAUAACGCUUCUUGAAUUGGUAACUGGUCAGCGUGCAAUAGACCUUUCUCGGCUUGAAGAGGAAGAGGAUGUUCUUCUGAUUGAUCACAUCAAAAAGUUACUGAGAGAAGAUAGAUUUGACGACAUUGUAGAUGGAAACUUGAAGACUUAUGACCGUGAAGAAGUUAAGACAAUUGUUCAGGUUGCAUUGUUGAGCACCCAAAGCUUGCCUGAAGACCGUCCCACAAUGACAGAAGUGGUUAAACUGCUACAAGGAGUUGGUCUGGCUGGGAGAUGGACAAAAUGGGAGGAGCAAGCGAGGAAUCAAGAAUUCUCACUCAUUUCUCGCCGAUAUGCAUGGGCUGAAGAUUCAAUUGUUAAUCAAGAAGCCAUACAGUUGUCCAAGGCUAGAUAGAGCUUUUGUGGUACGGAAUCAAUUUUGAGAGCAUUAUCAACCUAUUAAGUGGAUUACUGUAAGCUAUUGAUUCAAACAUGAUCAACCUAUCAUGUAGAUAGAUUGUUUUACAUGAAAUGAAAACCAUGGUAUGCUGUAUCUCAGAGCUAGAUGUUUACCUGUAAAAUCCGUAUGGUUUGAUAAUGGUGAGAAUUGCUUGUUAUCA